AUGCCUCCUUUCUCCAACCAGACCGCCAUGGAACUUCAGGGAAGCGUCGACAGCAUGGACGUCUCUGCUAUGCGCAAAGAGAACAGAUACGCCUAUGUCACUUUGCUCACGAGAGAUCCAUACCUUCCCGGAGUGUGCGCCCUUUUGUACUCUCUCAAGCAAGUCAACACCAAGUAUCCUGUCAUCUGCGUCGUCACAAAGGACGUGACACAGAAGGCCCGCGAGGAGAUCGAGCUCUUCGGAGGAGUGGUGAGGGAGGUGGAGAAGUUCCUCCCGUUCCCUGAGGACCAGGCCAACAACUAUGCGAACGCUCUCUGGAUUGAUUGCUGGACCAAGUUGGAGUUCUGGGAGUUCACCGAGUACAAGAAGUGUGUGUACCUGGACGCUGACAUGAAGGUGUACAAGAACUUGGAUCACCUCUUCGAGAUGGAAGGAGAUUUCCUGGCUGCACAGGACUGCUACCAUGGAGGCGACCCCGAGGACAGAGUGCGGAACCACUUUCAUGAUCCUGAGAAGUGCUUCUACUCCUCCUCAUGCCCUGACAAGAUAAGGCCUUACUUCAACGCUGGGUUCUUCGUCUUCACUCCCUCCAAGGACAUAGCCAAGGACAUGAAGCAGAAGGCAAUCGACAAGGACGUCACAACCUUUACCUUUGCUGAGCAGGACUUCAUGAACGACUACUUCCAGGGGCAAUGGGAGCCUAGAGUUCUUCCCUACACAUACAACUGCAUCAAGUGGUUUGCAAGGUACCACAUGGGCAAGCCCUACAACAAGGACGACAUCCAUGUUCUUCACUACGUGUCUGAGAAGCCCUGGGUGACUGGACGCAUUGACCCUAAGGACGAGAAGGCGAUCAAGUCGGGACUGUGCCACUGCGCUGAGCAGUACGAUGACUGGCAUGACAUGUGGGAGGAGGCCAUGCAGGCCAAGGCCAACAACACUCUUGGAGGAACGAUCGGAGCAGACAAGCUCGUCUCCAUCCCAAAGGCUCAGCCAAUGGUGACCGAGAGCGCCGUUCCUGUGGGGCGUAUUGGAUGA